AUGGGUGAAGUCUGCAAAAUAAAGAUUGGCAUCAUUGGCGGAUCAGGGUUCGACGAUCCAACGUUAUUCGAGAAUCCAGUUGAGAAAGACGUAACGACGCCUUUUGGUAAUCCAUCAGAUGUGCUGAUUGAAGGUACAAUCAAAGGAGUUCCAUGUGUGAUACUGGCUAGACAUGGAAGAAAACAUCAAUAUCAGCCAAGUGACGUGAACUAUCGCGCUAAUAUUUGGGCGUUGAAAGAAAUAGGAUGCACACACAUACUGGCAACUACCGCAACAGGAUCCCUUCGAGAGGAAUAUAAACCAGGAGAUUUGGUGAUAUUGGACGAUUUCAUUGACAGAACAUGGGGCCGUAAAUGCACAUUCUACGACCGCACGGAGAACGGCCCAAAGGGUGUAUGCCAUCUUCCAAUGCGACCGGCAUUUUGCGAGAAGGCGCGAAAUGCGCUACUUACUGCAGCAAGAUCCAAGGGGUACUCGUGCCAUGAGACCGGAACUGCUGUUGUUAUACAAGGACCUAGAUUUUCAAGUAAAGCUGAGAGCUUGAUGCACCGUCAGUGGGGUGGUCAUCUUGUUAACAUGACUACAGUGCCUGAGGUGGUAUUGGCAAAGGAAGCUGGCCUCAGCUACGCAGCAGUGGCACUCGUCACCGAUUAUGAUUGUUGGAGGGAAAACGAAGUCUCUGUAUCUGUAAGUGAAGUCUUGGCUAUGUUCAGUAAGAACGUGAAGAAAGCGGCCGAUGUCAUCAUAGACGCUGUUCAAAUUCUAGCUGCGGAAACUCAACAUGACUAUUUGGCUGCACAUAAGGAGCAAGUGUCUAACGCCAUUAUGCUGAAGGAUUAA